UUGUUGUCUGUGGAAAGGUAAGUAGAAAUGAGAUUUUAAGUUGAUUAUGUACAGUGUAAUUAUGAAUAUUUACCAUCAAUCCGGAACCGUCGCCUUAACCGUAGAGCUAUCGCGAUCUUGCUGAUGAGGCUCAUAGCAAAGGCGGUUUUGUGAUGUUCGUUGUUAUCUGCAAAAGCUUAACUUUUGUUCGAGUGAAUCGAUGAGCAGUUUAUUUCAAAGUGUUAAGUAAAGAUUCUUUUGUUUUAGCAAAAUGUAUAACCAAUCCAGUGAAGCAAAUCAAAUCGAGAAGAUGAACAACCAAAAAGAGAUAUAUUCCGAUAUUGUAAAUAUUCGAAAGGAUCCUCAACAUACUUCGCAACAAUUUUUUAACAACACACCACCAAUUCCAUCGUCAUCUCAACCAAGAAUAUUGAGUGUUUUGGAAUUACCGCGUCUCAUAACUUUUCCUCGCUUGGAAGCUGUGUCGACGAUCACCGACAACAACAACAACAACUUAACAAGUCAACAACUAUCGCCGAACAACCCAUUUCAACCAACAAACACGGAAAUCACGCUAUCGCCAAACAAUCCGUUUUCCCAGCCAAUCCCAAAAAAGACCGAUAUUCGAUAUCUGUGUUCUCCCAACAAUCCGUUUUCACCUCAACCUAUCGCACACGAUGUUAAACAACAAAAUAGUAUAAGCACCGUUUCUAGUGGUAAGCGUAAAAAAGUUAUGUUAAAAAUUAUUACCUAUUUUAGCAGAAACGAUCAUCAUCAUAUUUACUAUUUGCAGUACAAAAAAAAAGGAAAAUCAUGGAAGAUUUCGCGCCCGUCGAUACCAACCAAAUAUCUGAAUUAUUUGAGGGAUUAAGAGUGACCUUAAGUAAAAAAAUUGAUGAAAAUUUCGACGUGCUCAAUGACAAGGUCAAUGCGUUGCAUAAUCGGAUUGAUUAUAUUGAUAAGAAAAUGGAUAUAGUUCUUAAAAAUUCAGCAAAAGUGACAUCCCAUGUGGAUGAAUUGGUUGCGGCCACUUGUCCUCGCGCAGGAAUUUUUCCGAGGACAGAAUUUCAUUUGACGCCGAUUAGUUCAGAAGAAGAAAUUAUAUCAUUUAAUGACAAACUUUCUUCUGAUCCUGAGUUCAGAAAACAGGUGGUGUCAUGGAUGCAAAUGCAAAUAACACGCGCAGACAUUGAUAACCGUUUGCACGAGGCAAUAGAUUUAAUAUUUACAAAAACAUUUUUUUCUACUAUGAAUUGGACAGGAAUUAGUAAAACAGCAGGUGUUAAAAAAAUAGGAUUAGGAUGCUUUAGCAAUAUAUUAGAUUUAUUUAUAGAUAUAAGUAGUAAUAACUUGGCAAAACCCACUAUUUCGUUUGUAGGAUAUUUUUUAAAGAAUAAAUUGAAGCAUUCUAAGGAGCGUCUUCACAUUCUUGAAACCAAGAGGACGUCGUCUCAUACAGUGAAGCGUUCGUAGACGGUUUCAAUGUUUUUUGCAACAUAUUUUUACUGUUUAAUUUAAAUUUCAUUAACUUCCAUAUCCAUUUUCUAUUUAGUUUAUUAGUUUAUUGAUGAUGAAUUAAUUGAAUUAAUUGCUGCACCGU